GCGCAUGCGCGGGCGGCAAAAACAGUCCGCGGACGACGACCAGCUCCUCCAAGCUCGGACAGUUUUUCUUUCCCCUUCGAGCCGUACGGCAUCCAGGAGCAGUUCAUGCGUGCUCUGUAUGACACGCUGGAGAAGGAGGCAUCGGUAUUUGAGAGUCUACUGGAACGGGAAAGUCGCUAAGUGUGAUCUGUGGGGCCUGCGGUGUGCUGGUGGACAGUGAGCAGAGGACAGAGAGGCAGUGGAGAGAACUCUCUCUGGUGGCACCGCUGGCUCUGGUGCCGCAGUCAAGCAAAUGAAGAUGGAGAUGAUGUGCCCGACUGGCUGCAGAGACUAUGAUAGCCAGAGGACUGCAGAAGGAAGCACAACACAGACUCAAGGAGGAGAUGGAGCGAAAGGUCAGACAGAGAGAGAAACUGAAGAAAACUGAGACAAGAACAGAAACACAUUGUAUCGAGCAAAUGGAAAACCAAGAGCAAAGAGGACGGUGGUGUGGAGGAGAUGGAGAGAGCAGGGAGAAGGGUGGUGAUGACCUGAUCAGGAGAGGAGGAGGUUCUGGUGCAGGAAUACCACAGUGAAGACGAGGGAGCACCAGAGAAAGAAUCAGACACUGAAGAAGAAGUUAAAGAGGAGUAUGUUAGAAAGGUAACACAAGCCAUGACUAGAGAUUGUUGCUCUUUAAUUCUGUUUCUCCCUGUCCUAUUCCUAACCCCAUCCUCCCUUGCUGUGUAUGUAUCUCUCCCCUCCUCUCUUUGGCUGGGGGACUAAGAUCUACUACUGCAGUAGGACGCACUCACAGCUGGCACAGUUUGUCAAGGAGAUCCAGAAGAGCCCGUAUGGAGACACAAUUCAAGUCGUCACUCUUGGAUCCAGGCAGAACUGUGUAUCAAUUGAGGACGUGAAGAGACUAAGACACCUCACCCUCAUCAACGACCGCUGCCCACGAGAUGCAGAGGAACAAGAAGAAGUGUAUGGCCACACACAAACCAUAGCCUAUACAACACACUCAUAGCGUUGCCUACCCUCUCCUCAGAAAAGAUUCAGCCCUCUCCUGAAUACUCCAACUAAUGUACUUACAAAAUAAUGUACGUAUGUAUAUCCCAGCUUCAUUUAGUGUUUUUAGGAAAGGGAUGUCCUCACAUUCACCACACGUUUUUAAAACCCUGACGCAAUGCUGGAUGUGCCAAGUCACGAAAGCAGUCAGCAGUGCUGUAUGUGUGUAUAUAGGUAGGGAGGAGAAGUACUAAUCUGAUGGAAGGACCGAGGGAAGAAGAGGAGAAGAGAAGGUCUAAUACCACACCACCUGUCCAUUCCUGAAGCAAGGCACUCUCGAGAACUUCAGGGAUCUGGCUCUGGCAGAGGUGCAGGAUAUAGAGCAGCUGUUGGACUCGGUAGACAACUCGGAGCCUGUCCAUACUAUGGCGUCAGACACACAAUCCCAUCUGCUCAGGUGGUGGUUCUGCCCUACAACACCCUCCUACAUGCAGGCACCAGAGAGGCCCUGGGACUGAGGCUGAAGGGAAACAUAGUCAUUAUUGAUGAGGCUCACAAUCUCCUGGACGUCAUUAACUCUGUCCAUUCUGUCGAGAUCUCCGGCGCACAUGUGACAAGGCUCUAUCGCAGUUAUCUCAAUACAAACUCAGAUACAAGUCACGACUUAAGGCCAAGAAUUUGAUGUAUGUAAACCACAUACUAGACAUUCUCAACUGUCUAUGAGAGCUGUAUCAGAUAGCAAUAAGUCUGGGAAGGUAAACAAGACUUCCACCCCAGAUGCUGAUGUAAAGUUGCUCCGAUUGAACGAUUUCCUCUUCACCUCUGGCCUGGACAACAUCAACCUGUUUAAAGUUCUAAGGUACUGCAAGCGGAGUGAGAUAUCAAAGAAGUUGAAUGGAUUUGUGGACCGUUUCUUUGACCACCAUCUCUUGCCAGACUCAGCACAAGUUGGGCAGGGCCAAGCGGAUGGAAGUGGGCGGGGCCAGGGUGUGGGCGUAGCUAGUGGAGACGAUAAACAGAUGAGGUCGCCCCUGAUGAUUAUUGAGUCAUUUCUUUCGGCUCUCACAUCUGCCGAUAAGGACGGCAGGAUUGUAGUUACCAAGUCAGCUACAGUGACUCUCUCUAGACUGAAGUUCUUGCUCCUGAAUCCAGCUGUCCAUUUCUCCCCCAUCCUCCACGAGUGUCGGGCAGUGGUGGUGACUGGAGGAACCAUGCAGCCUGUCUCAGAGUUCAAAGAUCAACUGCUCUAUUCAGUUGGAGUGAGUCCCAGCAGAGUCAUCGAGUUCUCCUGUGGUCAUGUGAUCCCUGCAGACCACCUGCUCCCCGUGGCUCUCUCCAGAGGUCCAUCUGGUGUCACCUUUGACUUUACCUACCAGACCAGGGACACCACUGCACUGAUGGAUGAGUUGGGCCGAGCUAUCCUCAACCUGUGUAAUGUGGUUCCAGGGGGUGUGGUCUGUUUCUUUCCUUCUUAUGAGUAUGAGAAGAGGAUCUAUACCCACUGGACUACCACUGGCUGCCUGGACAAGAUCAACUCCAAGAAAAAGGUGUUCAGAGAGCCAAAGAUGGCAUCGCAGGUCGAGACCAUUCUCACCCAGUACUCCAGAUGUAUUGAGUUCAAUGGAGGAGGAGGAGGAGGAGGUGUAGGAGGCCUGAGUGGAGCUCUGCUGCUGAGUGUGGUGGGAGGGAAACUCAGUGAGGGCAUCAACUUCUCUGACGACAUGGGAAGGUGUGUGGUGAUGGUGGGUCUACCAUACCCUAAUAUCAAGUCCCCAGAGCUGGCUGAGAAGAUGCGGUACCUCAACUCCACUCUGCCAAGAGACCCAGAUGGAAAGCUGCCGGGCCAGAUCCACUACGAGAACCUCUGUAUGAAGGCUGUAAACCAGUCCAUCGGUCGCUCCAUACGACAUGCCCGUGACUACGCCUGUAUAGUCCUGGCCGACCAGCGAUACUCCCGGCCCAGUGUCCGCAGCAAACUGCCCCAGUGGAUAUCAUCGCAACUGGUGGUGUGCGAGUCGUUUGGACCUGCUUUCUCCUCUCUGAGGAAGUUCUUCAAUGAGAAAAAGAAAAAAACUUAAAAUGUUUCAUCAAAUCAACUGCACUAUCAUUUCGACUUUAUUCCCAUGUCCAUGAUCACAAAACUGUUAAUUUUGCACAAAAAGUAACCCGUUUGCUCUCAGGCUACUACAAUAGCCAACAUAAUUAUGUUCUUGAAUACCUUGACUA